GAGAGAAAAAAGAAACAAAAGAAAAUUUUAUUUUCCCCUCUAAUUUUCCACCAUUCUUCAUUCCCAACCAUAUAUUAUCCUGAACAAAAGCGCCAGAUUUUCUAUCAGCAUCGGAUCACAUGCUGAAACACAGCAGAGUGGCGAGUCAUAUUGUAUGUGGCACACUGCGAGUGACUGAGUGAGCAGAGAACUAAGCGAGAUGGGGUUCGUGGCGAGUUCCUUCUGCUCCCUCUACAAAUUCCCAUCUUCUUCUAAUGGGCCCACACCCAAGGCCAAGUUCCGAGCUCCCACAACGUCCUGUUUGGGCCACCACGACCCAAUCUGCAACAAAAGAACCUUUCUUUUAACCACCAUCGCCCUUCUUCCAUUUCGCCGCUUAAAGAGGGCUCCAGCUCUUGAACCUCCACCCUCAACAGAAGUAACUGAGGUGAAGACACGAGAGGAUGAUCAGGAAGCCGAGACAGCACCUGAAGUGGACAAACCAUCAAAUUCCCCUCUGCCUCUCCUGAAUGGAAUUGGAAUAUUUUCUUCUGGUGUGUUGGGUGCUCUCUAUACACUUGCUCAGAAAGAAAAGGCCUCUGCUAUUGCAACGAUCGAAACAAUGAGCAUUAAACUGAAGGAAAAAGAAGAAUUGAUUGUUUCCUUGAAGAAGAACUAUGAGUUUAAGUUACUGAACAAGCAGGAGGAACAAGCCAAGCUACUUGAAAAGGCAAAGGAAGAGCAACAGGCAUUGAUAAAUGAACUAAAUUCUGCAAAAAGUACUAUCAACCGCUUGGAACAGGAGCUUAAAAACGAGAGAAAUUUGAUUGAGGACCUGAAACUUCAAAUUGACAGACUUGAAACUGAGCUUUCAAAGACUGAUACAGAUAAGAAGGAUCUUGAAAACAAUUUGAAAGAAAAGAUAGAUUCCAUUGGAAUUUUAGAGGAAAGAAUCAGUCAGUUGAGUGUGAUCCUCAAGGACAAAGAAGAUUUAGUUCAGAAUCUCAAUUCAUCCCUCGCAAAAAAGGAGUUGGAAUUGAAGAGUUUGAAUUCUACCUAUAUGCAAACCAAGGAUGACUUAUCCAAUGUUCGGUUGCAGAUUCAAGGGUUGAAAGAGGAAAUACUGAAAAGCCAAGAGGAACUAAAAACAAAAGAUUCCCAGGUUAUAGAACUAAAUUCAAGAGUGAGUUCCUUAACUCUUGAGAACAAUGAUUUUAGGAGUAAAUAUGAUGCCAUGGAGAAGGAAUACAAUGACCUGAAGGUCACUGCUGAAAAGAAGGCUGCUUUGGACUCUAAGGUUUUAAGAGAAAAAGAAGAGGAGUUUCAUCAGCUAAAGGAUCAGUUUGAACUUGCCCUAAGUGAAGCAAGCAAAAACCAGAUCACCAUUGCUAAUUUAUCUCAAGAAAGAGAUGAUUUGAAGGAAGCUCUAGAGAAUGAAUCUGGCAAAGUGAAUCACUUGAAGUAUGAACUCCUAGUCACUCAAGAGAAUCUUGAAAAAUCAAGAGAUGGGUCUACUGAAUUGGAAAACCUUCUAAAUGAGUCAAACAAACUGCGCAAAGAGCUUGAACUUGAGGUCUCUAAGCUUUCAUCUGAGUUCACUGAAGUUAAAGUAUCUCUACAGAGAAGCCUUGAUGAUGCAAAACAUGAGGCAGAAAUGCUAGCAAAUGAUCUUACAACUGCAAAGGAACAAUUGAAGAAAGCACAAGCAGAGUUCCAAAGUAAGUCCCAAGAACUGACAGCUGCUCUUGAAAAGUGUGAUAGCCUACAAAAAGAAUUAAUUGACGUUUACAAAAAGGCUGAAACCACAGCAGAGGAUUUGAAGAAAGAAAAACAGUUAGUUGCUUCUUUGAACAAAGAUUUACAAGCUUUGGAGAAGCAAGUCUCAGUAGACAAGGACUCCAGAAAAUCUCUUGAGAUGGACCUGGAGGAGGCUACCAAAUCACUAGACGAAAUGAAUGGAAACGCGCUGAUCCUUGCUGAUGAACUAGGGAGAGCUAAUUCUCUUAUUUCUAGCCUUGAAAAAGAGAAAGAGGUGCUUUCUAAGUCCCUAAUAGACCAAAGAAAUGCAAACAAAAAGGCCCAGGACAACAUUGAAGAUGCUCAUAACCUCAUCAUGAAACUUGGCAAAGAAAGAGAGAAUUUAGAAAAUAAAGGGAAGAGAUUGGAGGAGGAAUUGGCUUCUGCCAAGGGUGAAAUAUUGCGCUUGAAGAGUCGAAUCAGUUCUUCAAAAGUUGUGGUUAACAAUGAGCAAGUGCAGAAAGAUGAAGGUCUAAACAAGGUCAAUUCUUCAAACGUUGCUGAUAACAAUAAGCAAGUGCAGAAAGAUGAAGGUGUAAACAAGGCCAAUUCUUCAAAAGUUGGUGCUAACAAUGAGCAAGUGCAGAAAGAUGAAGGUGAAAACAAGGUCACUGUAAAUGCACGGAGGACUGUCAGAAGAAAAAAGGCUAAUCCGCAAUAAUAACACAGAAAGUAGAGAGAUUUCUAUUAAAAAUUUCCGAUUAGGAGGAUAAUGAUAUUCUGUAAUAAAAUAUUUGGAAGCCAGUUGGUGUUGAACUAUUUUCAAUUUGGCAUGCAAAAUUUUCCAUGUUGCAAUAGUGUUGUACAAAUGAAAUGACACUGUAGGAAUUGUUAAGCUUAGCUUUUAGGAGAGUUGAUUUCUGAUAGUUUUCAUAUUAAACCUAAACGGUGAGAAUAUUAACCAAAGUCUGUGCAACAUUAAACACUGGUGUAUAUACACUACAGUUACUUUUC